AUGUCCGCCUCGCCAGAUCAAGACCGGGGAGUGUCACUUGAAGUUGCCGUCAGUCACGCGGCUAUGGCCUCCCACGAUCUUCAGAUCAGCAAGAAGAAGCGAAGUAAUUCCGAAGCGACUGAAUACCCUCGAAGGCGUGCAACCAUAGCAUGCCAGAUAUGCCGUUUGCGAAAAACAAGGUGUAAUGGCGCACGGCCAAGGUGUCAGCUUUGCACGGAUCUUGACGCUGACUGCGUUUAUCGCGAGCCUGGAAUCAAACUGGAUGCCGGUGAUAAAUUAAUCAUUGAGCGGCUGAGCCGAAUCGAGGGAUUGCUCCAGUCGAAUCUGGUAGGACUGACUGGUCAUUUCCCGAUGGCCUCGACAUCUCCAGCCACCAGUAAUGAUACCAACAUUGGCAGUGAUGAGAUGACCGCGAGAGCAAAUACCCUCGUCCCUGCUACACGUGGGCGGACGUCUAUAGUUGGGAUGGGUUCUUGGGCAAAUCCACCGACCAGCAUCUCAACAAUGCCUAAACUACACACCACGCCCGCACUGCACCUCUUGCAAUGGCCCUUGAUCCGUGACCUGGUUGCUGGUCCGUACGAUCCACAUACACUUCUGCAGCUAGAAUUGGUCCGUGAACCCCUCAAAAUGAGCACUUCCAUGGGCUUCGAUUUGUCAAAUGCGACCUCGUAUAUCCAGGCUUUUUUCGAGCGUGUCAAUGUCUGGUAUGCAUGCGUCAAUCCAUACACAUGGCCUCAAUACUACAAAACUGCUCUUUCACUCGGGUUCCGGGAAGGACCAGAGAGUUGCGUUGUACUCUUGGUGCUCGCCCUUGGCUGCGCUAGUCAACACGGCACCAUAUCCUCGAUCUCCCCGGACAGGGAACACCCAGGACUACCAUAUUUCAUUGCAGCCUGGGGCCUCCUCCCAUCAGUCAUGAUGCGCAACUCUGUGGUUGCCGCCCAGUGUAUCGUUCUGACAUCAGCUUACCUAUUCUAUCUAGUGAGGCCACUGGAAGCAUGGACCCUUCUCUCCAAUGCAAGCAUGAAGCUACAGUUGUUGUUUGGCAACACCUCUCGUAUCCCCCUACAAUGGAGGGAGCUGAGCGUGAGGAUAUAUUGGAAUGCCCUCCUCUUCGAAAGCGACCUGCUCGCGGAACUGGAAUUACCCCAUUCGGGUAUUGUACAUUUUGAAGAACUAGUCGAUCUUCCUGGAGGAUUCGAAGAAGAAGACGAUGAUGAUGUGGACGGCGAUGAUAGCGACAAUUCCAUCGACGAUAACACCAACGAACAUUCAGUAGGCCGAGAUGAGCUCUGGUAUUUCCUGGCCGAGAUCGCCCUCAGAAGGCUCCUCAACCGAGUCAGUCAUAUGAUCUACCAAAAGGACAACUCCUUGACUCUUGCAUCACUGGGCCCGAUUGUCUCGGAACUCGAUUUCCAACUUGCCCAAUGGUAUGACAACCUGCCUCAAUCUGUUCGCUUCCCCCUUUUGCACCCCCCAAUAUCAAAUCCGGUCCAGACGGUUCUGAGACUACGAUAUUACGCCUGUCGAACUAUAAUCUACCGACCUUACAUACUGGCGGUCUUCGAGAACGAACAAGCUGCCUCCGAUCCCGUGGUGCGAGAAUGCUGCUGGCGGUGCUUAGAGGCAACGUUGCGUCAACUAGAACAUAUAACCAGCCAUCGCGAGGGACAUCUGCCCUACCUCUGGCAGGGCGCGCUGUCCAUGGUCUCCCAAUCAUUGUUGAUCAUGGGGGCAACAAUGUCACCCGCCCUUUGCGGACUACUGCCCGCCGCUGCCCGCGUGGACGAGAUCAUAUCAGGUGUCAUAGCAGAGGUGGAGAGGUAUUCCCACCUCGCCCCGAGUCUGAAAUUAUCUGCGGAGAUUGUCCGUGAUGCGGAGAAACGGCGACAGCUCUGCUUAAGGUCGGCUAGAGGACGGGUGUAG